AUGAAACUCUCACUCCUCCUCAGCGCAGUCUACACUGCAACAGCCACCGCAACUACAACUACAACUGCAAAAGCAGCAACCCACGUAAUCUACUCUUACCCCGGCCCCUCCCCCCCAGCAAACCUCCUGUCCCUCAUCUCCUCGGGCAAAGUAGGCGGCCUCAUCCUCUUCGGCGAAAACAUCGACGCCAACCUGCCCUCCACCAUCGCCAACAUCCAGAAAACCUACGCCUCCUCUCCAGACUACAAUGGCACACCCCUGCUCAUCAUGACCGACCAAGAAGGCGGGAAGGUCCGCCGGCUCCCUGGUGGCCCGACACUCUCCGCGAAGCAGGUCGGUCUGUCCUCUGAUCCAGCGUCUACAGCGGCGGAAACAGGUACCGAAGCAGCGGACACGCUGGCCAAGUACGGCGUGAAUGCGAAUCUGGCGCCUGUGCUAGGCGUUUAUCGCUCGCCGGGGGACUUUCUAGAUGAGUAUGGUCGUUCGUACGGGAAUACUUCAGGGUUGGUAGCUUCUUGUGCGGAAGCGUUCAUUCGCAAUCAGCAAGCACGGAAAGUGAUUGCCACGGCGAAGCAUUUCCCCGGCCUUGGGGCUGCGGGUGCAGACGCGAAUACGGAUCUCGUGCCCGUGACGAUUGACCUCGGGCUUGGAGAGUUGCGGCGGGUGGAUGAGGCGCCGUAUAGCGCUGCGAUUACGGUGGGGGUGGACAUGGUCAUGGCAUCCUGGGCUGUCUAUCCUGCGCUGGAUAAGAAGCCGGCUGGGUUGAGUGAAAAGUGGAUUCAAGGGGAGCUGAGGCAACGGCAUGGGUUUAAGGGCGUGACCAUCACGGAUGCGAUUGAGGCCGGGGCGUUGGGGGCGUAUGGUGAUGAUGCGGCGAGGGGGGUGCUCGCUGCGCAGGCCGGGAUGGAUCUGAUUCUUGCGUCGGCGAGGAAUGUCACGCAGGGUGAGGCGAUUGUGGAUGCACUGACCAAAGCGUUGGAGAACGGGGAGGUGGAUACGGAAGAGUUUGGCGCCGGGACGGCGCGAAUCAUGGCAUUGAGACGGACUUUACAUGUAUAG